AUGAGCCUAAGUGCAUCACGUGCGAAUGGCGACAUCGAGGACCUAGAUCCAGACGUUCAAGACUAUAGUACUGAUGAAGAUUAUAACGAUGUUUUUGACUCUACAACCAAUGGAACUGACGUGGAGGCUGUAUCCGGGGCGAAAAGUGGUACGCUAAAGUUCAUACGCACGCUAACGAAUAUUUCGAAAGACGCUGGUGGUGUAGCUCACAUGCGAUGCGAAGUCGUCGGUGAUCCACCGCCGACUAAAAUCAAAUGGCUCAAGAACGAAGCACCUCUAGAAGAAAAACGUCCUAAAAUUACUAUUAAGAAGAUACACGCGCAGGCACACGAACACGCGGCGAAGAACAUCGCCGGAAGUCGCCUAAAGAUCGUCAACUUAGACGUCUCUGACGUAGGAUUCUACACUUGCCGUGUAUCAAAUGGAAAGGAUCAGAUCCAAAGUGAAGGAACUCUUCGAGUUGAUUCGUCCAAAAACAGACAUAGUGAGUACAUACCUACAUAUUUGUAA